UACUACACGACUACAUAGAGUCGAAUUUGCAUGCCUUGCUAUACAUAUAUAUAUAUAUAUAUAUAUAUGUAUAUAAGCAUGCCUUUCAUGAACAGAGUCAUGAAUUAAGCAGAUCUUUGACAACCCAAGAAGAGUAAGUAUGGGUAUCAUCUGCGAAGAACCUCCAUCUCUUCUCCAAGACCUCAAGAUCACUAUCCAAAACGUUUCUCUUGUUUUUCCAUCCCAGCAAACUGAGAGAAAAUCCAUGUUCUUAUCAAACAUAGACAAAGUGCUCAAUUUUCCUGUCGAGACCGUCCAUUUCUUUCCGUCCCACAAAGAUUUUCCUCCUCACCUUGUGGCUGAGAAGCUGAAAAACACAUUAGCCAGAUUGCUAGUGCCAUACGAUUUCCUGGCUGGAAGAUUGAGGUCGAAUCCUGAAACUGGUCGAUUAGAGAUUGACUGUAAUGCAGCUGGCAUCGGGUUUGCGGUGGCCUCCAGUGAGUACACAAUGGAUAGUCUUGGAGACUUAGUUUAUCCUAAUCCAGCUUUUGGGCAACUGAUUGUCAAGAGGAUGGAUAACCUGAAACAAGAUGAUCAACCUCUUUGCAUUGUCCAGGUGACCUCCUUUACAUGUGGUGGCUUUGCCAUGGGCAUGUUUACCAACCAUGUGACUUUUGAUGGGUUAAGCUUCAAAAUAUUCUUAGACAACCUGGGCGCCCUGGCUGCUGACAAACCCCUGGCUGUCAUCCCAUGCAAUGACCGUGAGCUCCUAGCCGCUCGAUCCCCGCCAUGUGUCAGCUUCCCCCACCUUGAGCUGGCCAAAUUCGUAGACUCAAACGUUAACCCUCCCGUCUUUGAUGCAACUUCCGAAGCCCUAGACUUCAAGGUUUUCCGGCUGACGUCGGGCAACAUUGCCCACCUCAAGGAGAAGGCCAAGGCGUCUGGCGGAACACACAAGGACGCGCGCAUUACGGGAUUCAACGUGGUGACGGCGCUUGUAUGGCGUUGCAAGGCCUUGUCAUGGGACGAAGAAACCACGCAAGGGAGCAAUAAUAAUGCUGAUAGGGAGUCCACAUUGCUGUACGCGGUAAACAUAAGGCCUAGGCUGAUCCCUCCACUGCCAAGAUCAUACACGGGAAACGCAGUGUUAACUGCUUAUGCGACGGCCAAGUGCAAGGAGAUAGAGGAAUGGCCAUUUUCAAGAUUGGUGGAGAUGGUGUCGGAGGGAGCAAAAAGAAUGACGGAUGAGUACGCAAGGUCUGCAAUAGACUGGGGAGAGAUAUACCAAGGUUUCCCGAAUGGUGAGUUCCUGGUUUCGUCCUGGUGGAAACUAGGAUUUGAUGAGGUGGAUUAUCCAUGGGGGAGGCCUAGGUAUAGUUGCCCUGUGGUCUUCCACAGGAAAGACAUUAUCUUGCUAUUCCCCGAUAUUGAUGAAAACAAUGGGGUCAAUGUUUUAGUGUCUCUACCCAGCAAGGAAAUGAGCAAGUUUCAAAGCCUUUUUCUUAACUACUUGGCUUAAUAUACGACUUAAGAAACGGAUUAGUUUCAGUACCUGUGUGUUGUUUCUUGUAGUGAAUCCUGGCAUGUUUGUAUUGUAAUUGUGAUUUGUAUGUUGUAACUGCAACUGGACGACUGCAUGUGGUUGUGGUUACAUAUGAUGACUAUUGCUUAAUUUAUGAUUUUACUAGCAA